AUCAGAGGCACUAUGAGAGUUAGGAGACUUCAUUUACUUAGUUCCUGAUUCUCAAAAAGAAGGUGUUGGAACCUAAAUUCUGGGUGUGACUUUACUCCAGCUAGACAAUUCUUUGGUUGGAAAGAUAGCCUCUCCUGAGGACCUCUGGCGUGUGUACAGGUUGGCAGAGGUGGUGAAUGAGGUCCAUCUCCAGUGCUGGCUGUGGUGGCCUUGGAUUGGCAGAAAACCAUCACCUUCAACAGGUCCGCACUCCAGAACCAUCCUCCUCCUCCAGCCUGAAUGUGCCUCUGCCCUUUGUCUGUAUCAUUGACAGAGACUGUGUUUGGAAAGGGGAUUGAACUGACUAUUGACUCUAAUUCUUGCUACCACAUUUAUCCCUGACCCAGUAAAAAAAGUGUUAAGAUAUCUAUUUGGGACACGUUGAGAACCAAGGCCAAGACUGGACAGGGUUGUAUAACUGGGCUUCAACCAUGACCGGGGCUAAGAAUAAGGCUAGAGCCCAGGCCAAAACUGAAAAGCGGGCUGGUGUACAGGCUAAAGCUAGAGCAGAGAGGGAGGCUACUGCUGUAGUCAGACCUGUAGCCAAGACCCGGGCCAAAGCAAAAGCCAAGAGAGGGUCUAAGACAGAUGCAGUGGCAGAGAUGAAGGCAGUGUCUAAGAACAGAAUUGUUGCUGAGAAGAGGGAAGAAGCCGUGUCAGAGCCUAAGGCUCUGGUCAAAGCCACGGCAGAUUAUAGUCCCAAGGCUGAGAAUGAGGCCACUGGCUCCACAUGUAAAGAUGAGGCUGGUUCUGCCUGGUUCUGGACUGGGGAAGAGGCUGAUACCAAUUCGUGGUUCUGGAAUGGAGAAGAGGCUGAUAAUCGUUCAAAGGCUAAGGACGAAGAUAAAGCUAAUAUCGGUGCCCACGUCUCUGCUGAGGAGUUGGAGGCUGUGGCUGGGACCAGUUGUAAGCCUAGGUCAGGGGCUGAGGAGGAGGAGGAAGAGAAUGUUAUCGGGAGCUGGUUUUGGGAAGGAGAUGAUACUAGUUUUGACCCUAAUCCUAAACCUGUGAGCAGGAUAGUUAGGCCCCAGCCAGUGGAUGAAAUUAAUGAAAAAAAUAGGCCCAAAGACUGGUCUGAGGUAACUAUCUGGCCCAAAGCCCCUGCUGUAACUCCAGCAGUGUUAGGAUACAGAUCCCAGGUCCCAUCUGAGACAAAGUCUCCUUCUUAUAUUGUUCUGGCCUCAGCUGAGGGAAAUUCCCAUUCUUUGCCUGUGGCAACAUCCUGCCCUUCUAGGAGCACUCGCUCAUGCUCACAGCCUAUCCCUGAGUACCCAUUUGGUUCUGACCCUUGCAUCCAGACCAUAGAUGAGAUUAGAUGCCAAAUCAGGAUCAGGGAGGUUAAUGGGAUUAAGCCAUUUGCUUGCCCUUGCAAAAUGGAAUGCUACAUGGAUUCUGAGGAAUUUGAAAAACUUGUUAAUUUACUUAAGUCAACUACUGAUCCUCUCAUCCAUAAAAUAGCACAGAUUGCAAUGGGUAUCCAUAAUGUUCAUCCAUUUGCCCAAGAAUUCAUUAAUGAAGUGGGUGUAGUCACACUUAUUGAAAGCUUACUCAGUUUUCCUUCCUCUGAAGUGAGAAAAAAGGCUGUCAUUACUGUGAAUCCUCCUUCCAAGGAUGAAAGACAACGCAAGAUUGAAUUACAUGUUAAGCAUAUGUGUAAGGAAACCAUGUCUUUUCCCUUGAACUCACCUGGGCAGCAAUCUGGAUUAAAAAUACUAGGGCAACUAACUACUGACUCUAUCCAUCACUACAUUGUUGCCAGUUACUUUUCAGAACUUUUCCAUUUGCUGUCCCUAGGAAAUCGUAAAACCAGAAAUCUUGUUUUGAAAGUUCUUUUGAAUAUGUCUGAAAAUCCAGCUGCAGCCAGAGACAUGAUCAAUAUGAAGGCAUUGGCAGCAUUAAAACUCAUCUUUAACCAGAAAGAAGCAAAAGCCAGUCUUGUUAGUGCUGUGGCCAUAUUUAUUAACAUAAAGGAGCAUAUCAGAAAGGGCUCGAUUUUAGCUGUCGAUCACUUGAGUUAUAAUACACUCAUGGCUAUUUUCCGUGAAGUUAAAUGGAUUAUUGAAACAAUGUAAAAUGAGCCAGAAAUGAAAGAGAACACUCUGUAUAUCAAUCUCCAAACUAACGGGAUGUACAUUCCCAAAGAGCCUUUGCAUAAUGUUAUAGUUAUUACAGUGUGCGCAUUAUAUAUUACAUCUUUAACGUGAUGUUACCUGUGACAGGCCUCUACGUUUGAGCUAGACUAUUUGGGGGGUAUCAAAUGAAUAUUAUAGUUUGGAGCUGAAAAUGUGUGUUGAUUUCUAUCUUGUCUAGAUUGGUAGAUUGUUUACAUUUAACUUAAGAUACUGAACCAGUUCAUCAUAAGUUAGCUAGCUUGUUCAUUGGUAUCUGCUUAGAUCUAUUCGUGGCUUCAAAUGGCAAAUAAAGAAAAUAUCCUUGAAUUUGUAAUCUAGUAGCAGAAAUAAGAAAUAAUAUAUACACACAGAGAUAACUAACAGUACCUAGAGUGUGUGUGUGCGUGCGUGUGUGUGUGCGUGCGUGUGUGCGCUCAUUGCCAAAUGUGCCCUUUCAAUAGAAGGCAGGUGUUGCUAUAGGCUGUUCAAUGUAAGAAGAAUUACUAUUUUUCCUCUAUUUCAGCUGUAUCAGACAUCCAUUCUACAACAUAGAAAUGGUCCUGAAUCUCAGACAAAAUGUAAUAUUUGUUCCUUUUUUUUAUUUUGCUACUACAUUUAUAACUCUUAAAUUUAGACUGUUUCAUUUAUCUCAAAGUCAUCUCACAGAAGAGAAGGAAGGUAGGUAUAGGGAGGAAACAUUUUGUGAGUGCAUACUGUAUGUCAAGACACUGCGUCAGCACUAUAUCUUACAAGUUUUUUCCUCUACUCACAGUGAUUCUGUGAGCUAGGUGCAUGUUUUUUAAUUAGAAUUCAUUAUUCUAGGUAUCCUCCAAUGAGAAUUAGAGAGGCUAAAUACUUUCUCCUAUACUCCCAUAGCAGGCAGGUGGCAUAGCUGAUUUGUCUGACACCAGGACCCAUCUCACUGCACUACUAGUCCUUCACUUUUUUAGGUGGUGGCUUCAAAGUUCAGAUACCAUUUGGUUUUAAUGGCUUAAUUCUGCAGUGGAUGAUGUCCUGCCAGGUGUUACAAUUCUUAACUUCCUCCAAUUGCACAUGCCCAUUAGGCAUUUGGCUAUACCUGGCCUGGAGGUCAGGAGAAAAGUCUGAGAUAAAUGUAUGGAUUUUACCUGUCAGGGUCUAAGAAAGAGUAGGUGCCCAAAACUUUGUUGAACGAGUAAGAUGUAGAUUUUCAUUUGUCAUCAGCAAAUGAAACUUGCUAUGUAUUCUUCCAAUCUUUCUAAGUACGUGUCCUUUUUUACAAAAGACCGAAAAUCAUUCUGUAUGUUGUUUCAUACCCUGCGUUUAAAAAGGUAAUUGCUUUCUUCCUCCUUGCAAAAUAAUACCUUAAUUUUUUCUUUACUAUUUAUGAUUUAUUCUCCUGUGUGUCAUGUGAAAGGCUAAAGAACUCCAUUUUUUACUAGUAGGCAAGCCCAGUUUCUGCAUUUGUACAAGCUAAAAGUGUACAGAAUAAACUUAACUGGGGAAUUUUAGACCCAGAACUGUAGCUUCAACAACACAGAACAGGAAAGCUGGGAAAGAGGCUGCUGUCUCAACCUGUAAGGUAGUAAUUCCUGAAAGACCGUAAUGGUCCAGAACAUUCCCAGGACUUUUGGGCUACGGCUGUGUCCUCUAAGACUCAUGUUAGGAAUUAGAACCCCUGGUCUGAGCUGAAGAGAAAGUCCCUAUGUGUGAAAAUAUUAUUAUUAGGUUAUAUGCUUUGAGAUUUUCAGACAUUUAAGAACCUAAAACAAGAUGGUAUUGUAAAUGCUGUUUGUAACUUGAUUCCUUCCCUUUGCCCACUAACUGUAUAUUGUAAACACCUUUCCAUGUCAGAAAAUAUGCUUAUAC